AUGAAGCUCUCAGCUGCAGUCCUGUUGGCAGCGGCCAUGUUGGUGGGAAUACAGAAGUGUGCUUCGUCGCCUGACAUCAUCGCAAACUAUUCAUCCAGAAAUUUGUCCUCCGUCCCAACAGACCUGCCACAGACGGCUAUGUCUGUAAACCUUUCAUUCAACCACAUACAUCAGAUUCACGGAGGAGACUUUAAAAAUACUACCCUUCUGAAGGUCUUGGAUGUGUCGUGGAAUGGUUUGGAGCUGAUCGAUGCAGAGGUUUUUCUUGACACGCCACUUUUGGAGGAUCUGGAUCUGUCACACAACAGACUCCUUAACCUCUCAGGACAGCAGUACCUGGAGCACACAGGGAACCUUAUGGUGCUGAACCUGGCCUUUAACUGGUUCCCUGACAUGACGCUGGGCAGCGAGUUCGGUCUCCUGGAAAAACUGGAGACCUUAACGCUUGGAGCAAAAAACAUCAGUGUGGGCGACUUUACAAACAUUGCCACGGCAAAAUUGCGUGCCCUAAACCUUUAUGUGGAGGAGGAACUUAACUAUGAAGCGGGCAGCCUCAGCGACGUGCACGCUCACAGGCUUCAGGUGGUCAGUGAUGGUAGUCAAGCGGGGCUCGGUGGCCUGUUGGGUGACGCUCUGUCAUUCUUUAUUGAAGUGGAGAUAAAGAAUUUGGUGGGAGGCCUCCAACUGUUGGAGGAGCGGUUUCAUGAGAAAAAGAAUCUCCGCACAUCUAACCUUUUUCUCAACAACAUUACAAUUCAGUGGAAGCAUUUGACUGAUUGUGUUAAUGCAGCACUUCGCACCUCUAUUGCCCAUCUGAGCGCUUUUGAUAUAGUCAUACAAAAUCCACCAUAUGUUGAUACCAAGGUUACUGAGACAUCCAACAUGACGUCCUUCACGAUUAGAAAGGCAGCGGUGAACUCUUUCUUCUUCUCUCAGGAGGCAAUGUAUAACUUCUUUAUAAACCUGCCAGUCAAACAUAUGGCAGUCAUAGACACUGAAAUCAUAUACAUGACCUGCCCAAAGCAACAGAGUCCUCUCAUAGAGCUGGAUUUCUCCAACUGUGCUCUGUCUGAUUCCAUGUUCUCCAGGGUGGACCAUGGCGAAACAGUUGAAUGCGAGACUCUGGUUAAUUUGACUAAGCUGUUGCUCAUGGGCAACAAUCUUAAGAACCUCCAGGUACUGAGUGAACGUGUUAAAAACAUGAGGUCUCUGCAGCACCUGGAUCUCAGUCUCAACUCCCUUGUUUAUGACGGUUGGUCUGAGUGCACGUGGCCACCAAACAUCAUCAUUAUGAAUAUGUCCUCAGGUGGACUGACAGACACAGUUUUUAAAUGUCUCCCAAAAGAAGUAGAAACACUGGACCUCCACAACAACCAGAUUUCUGUGGUACCACCAUCCCUCCUGAAACUGAGAAGCCUUUCUUUUCUGAACCUGAAUUCCAACAGACUGCGGGACCUACCGGUUUGUGAGACUUUCCCCCUCCUGAGCAGGCUUCUGCUCAAGUCAAACUCCCUCCAUGCCCCUACUGUGAGCAAGUUGGGGACUUGCCCAAAUCUGAAAAUCCUGGAUGUCAGUCACAACCCAUUCACUUGCACCUGCGCGUUAAGAGACUUCAUCAGACUGGGAACCAGAGCCGAACAUGGGAGAAGCUCCUCAAGCAUUCAACUGUUAAGUUGGCCUUUGGGAUACAACUGCACUUACCCAGAGGUUUUUAGAAACACCACUCUGAGAAGAUUCUGGAUCCCAGAGGUGUCCUGCAAUGUCGGCCUUCUAGCAGCAUCCAUCCUGCUGCCAGCGGUGGUACUGAUCGUCUCAGUCAUAUGUCUGUGCCAUCGACUGGAUGCUCUGUGGUACAUCGGCAUGAUCUGGCAGUGGACCAGAGCUAAACAUCGUGCAAGAAUGCAACAGCUUCGACCUGAAGAUCUUCAGGGUGUGGAGUUCCAUGCUUUUGUUUCUUACAGCCAGCACGAUGCAGACUGGGUGAAGAAUUCUCUCCUUCCCAACCUCGAGGGUCCUGCAGGAGGGCUGAGAAUCUGCCAUCAUGAGAGAAGCUUUGUGCCGGGAAAGACGAUCAUUGAUAACAUCAUCAGCUCUGUGGAGAAAAGCCGCCGUUCUGUCUUUGUGCUUUCCGCUCAUUUUGUCAAGAGCGAAUGGUGCCAUUACGAGCUGUACUUCGCCGGCCACCAGCACAUUCCUCUGGGCUCGGACAGCAUCGUGCUGGUGCUGCUCGAGCCUCUGCCGCAGUAUUUGAUCCCAUCCAAGUACUACCAGCUCAAAUCCAUGAUGAGCCGCCACACCUUCCUAGAAUGGCCACAGGACAGAGCCAAGCACAGGCUCUUUUGGGCUAACCUCAGAGCUGCCCUGCAGGCUGACCUGCCACAUGCACCAGUCACAGAUAUUACAGAGUGA